AACAAACUCGGUUUAAAGAAAUGUGUGCUUUGGUCGCUGACGUUCUUCCAACUCUCUAUGAGUAUUAUACGGGUGGUGGAAUCCAGACGGGACUCAAUGCCGACAAACCGUACUUCACAUUAAACAACAAAAACAUAUCCAUCUACAGCGGCGCCUGUCAUUACUUCAGAGUACCCAAACGCUAUUGGAGGAACCGGUUACGAAAGAUCCGGGCUGCCGGAUUCAACACAGUCGAAACGUACGUGCCAUGGAACCUACACGAGCCCCAACCCGGUUGGUAUGACUUCGGAGCGGGAGGUUCAGAUAUGCAGGAGUUUUUAAGUGUGACGGAGUUCUUGAAAAUCGCCCAGGAGGAGGAUUUGUUGGCGAUAGUGAGACCCGGGCCGUACAUUUGUUCAGAGUGGGAAUUUGGAGGGUUUCCUAGUUGGUUUCUGCGUGAGAAGAAUCUGAAAAUACGAACUUCUGAACCUACGUACAUGAAACAUGUAACAAGAUAUUUCAACGUUCUCUUGCCGAUUCUAGCUCUGUUACAAUUCACUAAAGGUGGUCCUGUGAUAGCAUUUCAAGUAGAAAACGAAUACGGUAGUACCGAAAGAGCAGGAAAGUUUGUACCUGAUAAACAAUAUUUAAGAGAGUUGAGGACGCUAUUUUUGAAUAACGGUAUUGUUGAAUUAUUGGUGACAUCCGAUAGUCCUUCACAGCACGGCGAUCGAGGGACUUUACCUGGCAUUUUUCUACAAACCGCCAACUUUAACUUUGACCCGAUGUUCGAAUUCGGCAGCUUACAGAAGCUUCAGCCCAACCGACCAGUAAUGGCGAUGGAGUUUUGGACUGGCUGGUUCGAUCAUUGGUCGGAACAGCAUCAUGUGACCGAUAGACAAAUGUACACCACUGUUGUCGAACAAAUUUUGAAGUACCCUGCAUCAGUGAACUUCUAUAUGUUCGAGGGUGGGACUAAUUUCGGGUUUAUGAACGGCGGAAACCAAGCUAAUGGAGCCGUUGACAAUUCUGGAUAUCAACCCGAUACUACGAGCUAUGAUUACGACGCGCUGUUGACUGAGAGUGGGGAUUACACGGUGAAGUAUGUGGUGGUCAAGGAGUUGUUGAAAAAAUACAAUAAAAUACUGACCAGAAUUCCUCAAACUCCAUCAGAAACACCAAAAAUUGCUUACAAUUCAACCCCCAUACAAAGUCAGAUAUUACUAACCGAAUUGUUGGAAAAACAGGAAACAAAAAUCAUCAGUCCUUUCGUCCUACCCAUGGAACAUCUUCAAAUCAACAAUAACUCAGGACAAAGUUAUGGAUAUAUAGUGUACAGAAAAAGAUUUAUUGACAUACCCGCUAAUUCAGUCCUGCUAGUGGAAGGACGAGUAUGUGAUACUCUAGUAGUGUUGAUAAACGGUAAUUUGGUAUCGAAACCUUUGAAUAAAGCAAGUGAUUUGAACGGUUUUGGCUUCUGGAAAGUAAAAGACGCUAAUCUUACUUUAGGUCCUAACUGUUACGUCGAAGCAGUUCUGGAUCUCGUUGUAGAAAAUUGGGGUCGAAGUGGUUUUGGGGCCAUCGAUCAAUUUAAUCAAUUCAAAGGACUCUGGCAAGGUGAUGUUUACUUAAACAACGAAAGAAUAAAUAGCUGGGAAAUAUUUCCCUUAGAGUUCAAAAAAUCAUGGAACCAAAACUUGUCCGGAUGGCACAAACCAUCCAAAGUCUGGUCUGUAGGUCCUGCGUUAUACAAAGCGAAUAUUUAUAUCGAGAAAACUAUGGACACUUACUUGGACAUGAGCAAAUGGUGCAAAGGUAUAGCUAUUGUGAACAACUUCGUGUUGGGGAGGUACUCCAAAAUUGGACCUCAACAAGCUUUAUAUUUGCCUGCGCCGUUUUUAAAAGAAGGCAAUAAUGAAAUUGUGAUAUUUGAACACUAUAACCCAGCGGAAGAAAUAUCGUUUUCUUCUGCUCAGAUUUAUAAAACUAGAACUGAUUCAGAUUAG